AACGCCCUCAUUUAGCAGAAGAAGAAAACCCAAGCUUGGAACCAAAACGCAGCGUUUUGAGCCUCCCGAAUGGCGACUACUAAGAGUUGCUACGCUAGGCCGAACUACCGGUACCUCACCAGCGACCACCAGCACCAAACCCUAUCGUCCGAUUUCGAGCUCGACGAGUCGGACAUCUACAACUUCGGCAGGUCCAGCUCGCCGGAGUUCCACAAACCGGUUCCGAACUCCCGCGGCGUCUCGGCGUCGAAGAACCGGAGGGGAGAUUACGGAGACCGGUCGGACCGGACCUGCGGCACGCCGUCGUCGUUGCCGGUCGGCAUUCCGGACUGGUCUAAGAUCUUGAGAGACGAGUACCGGGAGAAACGGAGGAGCGAAGACGACGAGGCGGAUGGCGAGGACGACGUGGAGGGAGGCAUGCGGAUCCCGCCGCACGAGUUGUUGGCGAGGCAGAUGGCCCGAACGAGAAUCGCGUCGUUCUCGGUGCACGAAGGCGUCGGGAGGACGUUGAAAGGGAGGGAUCUCAGUCGGGUGCGAAAUGCAAUUUGGGAAAAAACUGGGUUCGAAGAUUAAUAUUUAUUUUUCAGAAGAAGGAAAUACAUAGGGGUUUGGGGUGUACGGAAAUUAUUGGUUAGAUUUUUUUUUCUUUCCUUUUUUUAAUUUCUGAUGAAUUUUCUGCUCGUUUUUCUUCUAGUUUGUGGGAUCAAGAUGAUCGAUUUUACGAAUGUAACCCCGAAUUGGAGAAUUGUCCUGAAAUUCUCGUAGGUUUAAAUUUAAAUAUUAACAUAAUUUGUUCUUUAAA